CGACCUGCUCUGCCACUAUUUGCGUGUGUCUGGGACUGAGGAUUGCACUUAAAGCGGCUGCUGUGACCCUCCGCCAGUCACAGCACGCAGCCGCCGAUCGUGAGGACGCUGCCAUGAGAGCCGAACUUCUCCUGCUGCUCCUGCUGCCCCUGUGUGCAGCCCAGUUCAAGAUCGAGUGCAUUGGUGAGGACUUCCUGAUUCUGAGGAAGCAGCUCCUCUCAUGCUCCAGCAAAGUACCCCAGGCCUGUUACACACGAGUCACCGGUGAAAAGGGAUGCACUACGCUGAAUUUCUGCAAGAGCCAGGGCUGGAAAUGCUGCCAUGAAAACCGCUGUAAUGCCUAACUCAGGCCACAGGGUGGCACCAAUGCGCACCCUUUCCACAACUUGCUCUGAUCUCUACAGCAACUCACCCAGCACAUUUUCUCUCUCUCCUUCCUCUCCCAAACCCCUAUCACCGUUGGUUUAAGACUGGUCACAGGCCAGUACACUUAUUGAUAGGUACAGGAAAUAAAACAUCCCUGGCUACA